ACUCGUGUUACUUUUCUUUCCCUGUAACCUAACUAUCGCUGGUCUCUUUUUGCAAUGUCAGGGCUUAACAUAACACUUGGCUAUUUCAUCAGUGUGGUGGUAAUAUGUGGUUUAGCCAAAACUCUAGUGACACGAUGGAGGCCACGAUGGAGCUUUCUGUCUGAGUUUAUCGCAGCUUUCGCCCUUGCAGCAUGCCGGCUGGAAGUGCAAACUAUUUCUGAGAUUGGUCAGUGGGCUGGAGGCCUGGGCCAAGAUGUUACCCUUACCAUGCUUUUUCUUGCCUUAACUGUUCAUGGAAUCAUCAUGCAAGAAGCCACCGGAAAUCCUUCAGUUACUCUAAUGGGGUUCUUACAGAAGGAGACAGGAGCAGUAUCCUCAUUUCUUAGCAUAGCAGGUCAGCUCGGAGGUGCCCAGCUUGCCUUGCUCUUUGCCGGGUGGUAUUGGGCGAUGGAGCUCACGGACAUGCAUAUGAUCAAGGUCAUGAUGAUGACUCAGUGCAGUUCAUCGCUGAAUGUGUCCCUGAUGCAAGGGACUAUCACAGAGGUUGUAAGUGCACUGUUUUAUCACCUUGUGUACCUUAGCCUCCGCCACAGGUUUCUCAUCCGGAUUCCCAUCCUCGCCCUGCUGCUUACCUUCCUCUAUUACACAGGAAACAGCUACACGUCUGCAUAUGUGAACCCAUCACUUGCUUAUGCACUUACGUUCAAAUGUCCUGGACACGCCUUCUGGGAAUAUGCCGUAGUCUACUGGCUUGGGCCCCUUAUUGGCAUGACCAUUGCCUUGCUUCUCUACAUGGGUAACAUCCCUUUGCUUUUCACCAAGAACCUGCUUUUCUCAAAAAAGGCACGUGUUCGUCUUCCAAAAAGAAAAACAACUGAAGAGAAAAGUUCAUGAGACACUGUGCAUUAACUUUAAAAUAAACAUUUACUCCAAAA